AUGUCGCUCGUCCGCUUCCUCAAAGGGGGUCUUCACCUUGCCGCCAUACUGCACACGCCCCCUUCUGCGCCGGCCAGAUCUCCUGGCAUUGUCGUCGUCCAUCCAGGCGGCGGCGUCAAGGAGCAAGCGGCGAACGUCUACGCUGAGCGCCUGUCUCAACAGGGAUACGUGACCGUCGCUUACGACGCCCUCUACCAAGGCACUUCGGAGGGCCUCCCUCGCUUUCUCGAGGAUCCCAACUCCAGGGUGUCCGACGUCUCUGCCGCGGUCGACUACCUCCAGAGCCUCGAAAGCGUCGAUCCCGAUGCCAUCGUUGUUGUGGGAAUCUGUGCCGGUGGUGGCUACGGAAUCGCUGCUGCCACCACGGACCACCGUAUCAAGGCCGUGGCAGCAGUUAGUUUGGUCAACAUUGGUGAUUCCACCCGCCAAGGCUGGCUGAACACCCUCAACCAAUCCGAUGUCUUCGACGUCAUUGAAGACGCCAGGCAGAGGCUUCAAGGCACUGCCGUCGGCGGCAACGUGACCAUGAUCCCAUACGUGCCAGAGCCUGGCCCGGAUGUGCCUCCGGACCUGGUGGACGCAUGGGAUUACUACCGCACCCCGCGAGGCUUCUACAACACCUCCCAGAACGUCAUGCACGGCUCGUCCACCCCGCUGAUUCUGCGCUUCGACGCGUGGCAGUUCACGGACCAGUACCUCACGCAGCCCACACUCCUCAUCGCGGGCGAGGACGCCGACAGCAGAUGGCAGACGGACAAGAUCCACGACAAAAUCAAGGGAACGAAUGCGAAUGCCACCAAGAUCCUCGUCCCGGGGGGCCGCCACAUGGACUUUUACGACCGGGAGCCGUACGUGGGCCCCGCGCUGGACAACAUCACAGCCUUCUUCAACAAGCAUCUGAGCCGUUAG